GGACGUCAUGCAGGAGAAUUAUGAGACUGUGACCUCGCUGGGACUCCCCAUUCCCAAACCUGACCUGAUCACCCGGCUGGAAGCAGGGGAAGAGCCGUGGGUCCCAGAUCUCCCAGCCUCCAAGAAAAGGAAGAUCUCAAGAGACACCUGCACAGCAGGUGAUGAGACAAUGAGUGAGAACGAGGACGGGAAUCCACUGCAGGAAUGUCCUGAACAAGUGGAACUGCAGGGGACCUUAUUGAGACAAGGUGAAGGGAAUUUUUCCCAGUGCUUGGAACAGAGAAAAGGCUGGAAUAAUUGGUGCAGGUCAGAGAGGAAGUUGGGAAACUGCCAAAGGAAUAAUGUGUAUGAAUCUAUUGAAUGUGGGGAAGGAGACAAGGAUCCCAAAGAAACCACAGUUCAGCAGACAAAUGAGAAUGAAAAGAACUCCUAUAAAUGCUUGGACUGUGGGAAAAGCUUCAGUCAUCGCUCAAAUCUUACUAGACAUGGGAGAAUCCACACUGGAGAGAGACUUUACAAAUGCUUAGACUGUGGGAAAAGCUUCAGUCGGAGCUCAAAUCUUAUUAGCCAUAGGAUAAUCCACACUGGAGAAAAACCUUAUAAAUGCUUGGACUGUGGGAAGAGCUUCAGUCAGCGCUCAGGCCUUAUUAACCAUAGCAGAGUCCACACGGGAGAGAACCCCUAUAAAUGCUUGGACUGUGGGAAAAGCUUCAGUCAUCGCUCAAAUCUUAUUAGACAUGGGAGAAUCCACAUGGGAGAGAGACUUUAUAAAUGCUUAGACUGUGGGAAAAGCUUCAGUCGGAGUUCAAAUCUUAUUAGCCAUAGGAUAAUCCACACUGGAGAGAAACCCUAUAAAUGCUUGGACUGUGGGAAGAGCUUCAGUCGGAGCUCAAAUCUUAUUAGCCAUAGGAUAAUCCACACUGGAGAGAAGCCCUUUAAAUGCGUGGACUGUGGGAAGAGCUUCAGUCAGCGCUCAGGCCUCAUUAGCCAUAGUAGAAUCCACAUGGGAGAGAACCCCUAUAAAUGCUUAGACUGUGGGAAAAGCUUCAGUCGAAGCUCAAAUCUUAUUAACCAUAGGAUAAUCCACACUGGAGAGAAACCCUAUAAAUGCUUGGACUGUGGGAAGAGCUUCAGUCAGCGCUCAGGCCUUAUUAACCAUAGUAGAAUCCACAUGAGCAAGAACUCCUAUAAACGCUUGGACUGUGGGAAGAGCUUCAGUCAGCGCUCAGGCUUUAUUAGCCAUGAGAGAACCCACACAGAAGAGAGACCCUAUAAAUGCUUGGACUGUGGGAAAAGCUUCAGUCGGAGCUCAAAUCUUACUGCUCAUAGGAGACUGCACACUGGAGAGAGACCCUAUAAGUGUUUGGACUGUGGGAAAAGCUUCAGUCGGAGAGCACAUCUUAUUAGACAUGGGAGACUCCACACUGGUGAGAAAUCCUACAAAUCUGUGGUUCUCAAACGUUAACAACCCGAGGACCCCCGUUUGAUUUAAAAAUUUUCAAGGACCCCCGCAAGCCCACCGCUCAGCCACAGGCUCUGCCCCCACUCCACCCCUUCUCCCAAGCCCGCACCCCUGCCCCUCCUCUUCCUUGCCUCUUUCUGCCCCCUCCCCCCAGCGCGCCCUGUUCCCACUCUUCCCUCUCCCGCCCAGUGCCUCCUGCACACUGCUGAACAGCUGUUUUGUGGCACGCAGAAGUCACUGGGAGGGAGGGGGAGGAGUUGAUCAGCGGGGACAGCAGCCCCGGACAUGAUUCGUUGACCCACGGGAGUACCCUUGCGGACCCCUGGACCGCAGUUUGAGAAAUCCUGCUAUAAAUGCCUGUACUUCAUUUAUUGCUCAAGCCUUAAUUAACCGUGAGAGAAACCAUACAGGAGAGAGACCCUAUAAAUGCUUGGACUGAGGUAAAAGCUCCAUUCAGCGUUCAGGCCUUAUUAACCAUGGAAGAAUCCAUAUCGGGGAGAGACCCUAAAAAUGCCUGCAGUGUGAGAAAAGUUUCAAUGCACCAUCAGCCCUUAUUAUACGUUAGAGAACCCAUACAGGAGAAGAACCCUAUAAAUACUUGGAUUGUGGGAAAAGCUUUUAUCAUUUCACAUCUGAGAACCCACACAGGAGAUAAAACCUGUAAGUGCCUGCACUGUGGGAAAAGCUUCACUGAGAGCUCAAAUGUGGACACAAGAAUAAAUGGAUAUAAACUGGCCAUCAGGAAGUUUAGACUUGAAAUUAGAUGAAGGUUUCUAACCAUCAGAGGAGUGAAGUUCUGGAACAGCCUUCCAAGGGAAGCAGUGGGGGCAAAAGACCUAUCUGGCUUCAAGAUUAAACUUGAUAAGUUUAUGGAGGAGAUAGUAUGAUGGGAUAACAUGAUUUUGGCAAUUAAUUGAUCUUUAACUAUUCAUGGUAAAUAGGCCCAAUGGCCUGUGAUGGUAUGUUAGAUGGGAUGGGAUCUGAGUUACUACAGAGAAUUCUUUCCUGGGUAUCUGGCUGGUGAAUCUUGCCCACAUGCUCAGGGUUCAGCUGAUCGCCAUAUUUGGGGUCGGGAAGGAAUUUUCCUCCAGGGCAGAUUGGAAGAGGCUCUGGGGGUUUUUCGCCUUCCUCUGCAGCAUGGGGCACAGGUCACUUGCUGGAGGAUUCUCUGCGCCUUGAAGUCUUUAAACCAUGAUUUGAGGACUUCAGUAGCUCAGACAUAGGUGAGAGGUUUAUUGCAGGAGUGGGUGGGUGAGAUUCAGUGGCCUGCAUUGUGCAGGAGGUCAGACUAGAUGAUCAUAAUGGUCCCUUCUGACCUUAAUAUCUAUGAAUCUAUGAAAUCUUAUUAUACAUAAGACAAUCCACACAAGAGAGAAAUCCCAUAAAUGCUUACAUGAUGGGAAAAGCUUCAGUCUUAGAUCAUACCUUACUAAACAUUUCAGAAUCCACAUGGCACAGUAUCUACAAAAUGCCUCAACUGUGGAAAAAUUUUAAUUUGAACAUCAAACCUUACUUCACAUCAGACAAUCCACACAGGAGAGAGAACCCAUAAAUACUUGGAUUGUGGGAAAAGCUUCAAUAACUGCAGGGAAAGAUUCAGUCUAAGCUCACACAUUGUUCCCCAUCAGAUAAUUCACAGAAGAAAGAGCUUGAAUGUGGGGGUACCUUCUUUUGGUGAUCAUACGGCAUCAAGCAUCAGCAAAUCCAAACAGGGAGGAGCCCUCUCAGAUGUCCUUAGCAUGGAAAAUGCUUCAGUUGGAGCUAACACCACGUUGAACAUCAGAGACUCCUCCACACAGAAGAGAAAUUCUCUCAGUGCCCUGACUAGGGUUGACCAUAGUAAAAACUCCAUUUCCUAAUUCCCACACACAGCAGUGGCAUUUGGCUCCCAGGUAUCCAGCUGCCCAUCUCUGGGGACAGGUUCCAGCAGCAGCUGACCCUCAGCUGUUCAGGGACCUGGCUUUGCUUGGUCUAAGAAAACCCCAGGCAGAGGAGGAGGAGAAGUCCUUAUCAGCCCCUCCUCCCUGCUGCAGUCCUGGCUGCUGAACUGAUGGGCCUUCCUGCCUCCUGGGAACCUACUGGGGAAUGGGAGAGAGAAACUCCUCCAUAAGCUCCCUCUGCCUGGAUGAAGUUCUCUUCUUUCCUUUCCCUUCCCUGACGUGAUGUCCCUCCUAUGGAGACUAGGAGAGGGAUAUUUGAGCCAGGCCCAAUAUUCACCCUGGACACCUGUCCCCACCCCCGUUUUCCUGCAGCCCCUGGGCUGGUUUCCCCCACUUACCUGGAGCUGGUACCUGCAGAGUGAGUAUCUCUGGGGUUGACAACUCUUCCCCUCCCUAAAUCCCUGAAGGUGCUGGAUUCUGGGGAAUCAAAUGUGAAGGGACCAGGAGGGAUGGGUUUUGGGGAGGAAACUGCUUUAUCAGCAUAUAGAGUUAAGCCCAACUGGUGUGAAGGGCUUCAAAAUAUGCUUGCUUGGAAACUAACCCCAAUAAACAUUUCAUUGUCUGCA